CCCAUUUCCUAAAACCUAUCCAUUAUUUUCUGCUCAACAAAUUGCCUCCUCCCGCCGAAACGUCGCUCCUCGAACUACGGAAGACGUGACGUUUUAGGGUUACAAUAUGAUCAUUGCACUGCGCUGCGUCAAAUCAAACUUCUCAAACUUACACAUUCACAAUUCUGAAACCCUUUCUGCUCUCGUAUAACUCCCUCCUUCGUUUUCUCCUUCAACCUUUCCUUACCCUCGCGUAAAUGGCUAACCAAUACGUUCCCGCACUCCCUUUUGACGGAACCGAACCCUCAAUACCCCUUGUAUCUUCCAAAGUUCUUACCCCUACAAUCCGCCCUUACUGCACUACCACUCCCGAUGCUGAGCGUAUGACUUCAGUCAUUGUUCAAGUUUCUCCCAUUACCGUGAACAAUGAAGCGUUCAAACCGGAACGCCUUCUAGAUAGCAUCAAGACUCACUUGACCGACCCAAAAGAUGCUUACCGGAAAUGGUACGCGAGGCUCCUUCCACAUUUUGAAAAUCAAUGGAAAGCCCAAGGGAUCGAUAAAGCUAUUCUCCUUUCGACGCAACCCCUCUACCUCCAUGACAAGGUUUUGAUGGCCAUGGCGGCUUUUUGGCAUUCGCAAACAGGUGCCUUUUUCCUCCCUUCAGGUCCAAUGGGUCCAACCCUAAUGGAUGUAGCAGUGAUCGCACAUUUGCCGAUCACUGGAGAGGACCCCGUUCUGGUUUCUCUCGGGAAUCAAGAACUUCCCCCCAACCAUCAAGGUUGGGCUCUGGCCAAACUGCCUGAAAGAGAAAGAGGGUGGACAUACUUUGUCAAUAAAUAUCAGGGUAGGGAGGAUACCCCUGUUUCCGAGUUGGAACAUACUGCUUUCCUCCUCUUCUGGCUCUGCAGAUAUAUCAUUCUCUCCCCUUCUAAACUUGUCCUUUCAACUCAUAUUGACCUAGCCAUUUAUCUAGCAUGUGGUCAUUUCUGUUCUUUAGGUACCUUAUUUCUAGCCAACCUCUUUGAAGGUUUAUCCCGAGUAAGUUCCCGUCUUACAGAUAUCAAAAAGGCGGAUACUGCAGCCUCAGGACCAUUUUGGUUCCUGGAACUGUGGUUCCGUCUAUACUUCCCCUCUGCAUUUUUUGGUCGCCUCCCAAUUUCUCCUAACCCUUAUAGGUCUAUUGGCUAUGCCUUAGCCAGAUUAACCCCGAACUCUUCCUGUCUAAAAUCCUCCGACUCUAUAAUAACCCAAAUUUUGACCGAAGAUCGGAACAAUUCCCGUUUUUUUGUAUAUACAACCUUAAUACAAUAUUCGACCGAUCUUUUCUUCCUUUAUCCCGACCCUACCUAUCCUUUAACUCGGCCAGAUCCUCUCCCUCACCCGACCUUUAUUUUUUCCUGGGACGCCGCAAUAAAACCCCGAUCUUUGUUUUCUAGCAGACGGUCGGAUAAGAAGAAUCGUAGAACAUUUUUCACUUACAAUUACCAACCUCAAUUUUUGUCGAGGCAAUUUGGUUGCUGCCAGGGCAUACCAGGGCCAUUAGCCAGUCCUCACCUCAUAUUUCAAAGCCCCGAGGGUCUGGUGAUUCCCGAACUCAUCCCGACCUAUAUUUCUCAACUCACCACCUACAUCACCUCGAAUUCAUAUCUCCCGUUCUGCCCAAAACCUUCGACAACCGAAGAUUUCCCUUCCUGGUGGUCGACCACCUGGUCUUCACUUGCCCCUUCGACUGACCAAUUGGUCGGGAGACUUGCUCCACCCCCAGCUCUGGCUCUUGGCUCCGCCCGACUGGCAGUCAGAGGAAGGAAAAGGCCAGCCCCUACGCCAGGUGGGUCGGGAGCAAAAAGACAAAAAGCAAAGGCCACUCCUGCUAUCGAUAGGCAGGCCAUCGAGGAAUAUCUGGCUUCUCUGCCAAUAGAUACUAGCGGGAUGCAAAAGUAUCUAAGGCAACAAUUUGAAGAUCCUUCAAUGCUCCCGACCACUGGCCCUACCACGUCUCAACCGACCCACCAACAAUCGCCCGAACCACAAGUUCCCAUCAAUUUAUCUUCAUCCCGAUCGACAGCCGUCCCGAUCAUAGAACAAUCAUCUAUGGUCCGGACCACCGAUCGACUAGCCAUAGUCCCGAUUACCACACAACCGACCCACAGACAAUCAGAGGCACACCGACCAGGCGAAUCGAUGGGCAGGGUACCUCCUCCCCCAACGUCGGAUAUCGUUGCGGUGAUUCCCGACCAACUUGUUGUCCUCCCCGACCAAGUUGCGGAACCUCAACAAGCUCCUAUUGAAGAUGUGGUAGUGCCCGACCCCGACCAGGUCGUGGCUUUACCCGACCCGCUUGUUCAGCAAGUUGAUGAGGUUCCUAUUGUUGGUCCCGAACCAGUCCAACCCGAACCAGUCCAACCACCCGAUGAAGUAGAGGAAAUUUCCUCCUCAAGAUCGGGUGAAGCUUCUGUUAAUUUUGCCCCGCUGAAUCCGGGUAUGGAUUUAGCAGCCGCCCAACAACUUCCACCAGGGGAUGAAUCAGUUGCUGGUCCGAUUACCCGACCAGUCAACCCCUCAAAUUUCCAACUUAUGGCCCCUUCCGAGGCUACAGCUGCCCUGGAUCAAGCUGCUCAGGAGAUGAACAUUUUGACCCGAAUAAAUCUCCCGACACACGUCAGAACCAUUGUGGAACGAUGCGCCAAUUUGGAUUAUGCCGACUUAGAACUGGCUGACCUUUCGGCGUUAGUCCAAGUCGCAAUAUCCCUAUUGGUUCAACCUGCCCUGGAGUCGGGAGCUUCGCCAGUUCUCGAUCGGAUGAUGGCCAGGAUCACUGAACUUCAAGCUGAACUUCCUCUGAUCCGACCCCCAUUAUCCGAAGCGACCUCCUCUCGUCCGGCAGCAGAUCCUAAUAAUAUCGAAGCAGAUUUGAAGAAGGCUAACCAAGAUCUUAGCGAGGCUAGGGCCCGACUAGACGAGCUCCGGCAGGAGAGACAAACAUUAGCUACUGAAAUCGCUCAAAAGACUGAAGAACUACGACGACUUCAAGAACGAUUGGAAGCCAUAGAUGAUAGCAUACAAGAGGGAAGUCGUCUGGUUGAAACACAUUGCCUUAACCAAGCCAGUCUUUGCGACCAACUUCAGGCAGCGAUUCAAACGAGACUCGUCCAGAGACACCAAGAAGCAUACCAACGUCGUCGGGCCAUCAAGUCAGAACUCAAAUGGGCCGAUCUAAAAACUGCUUUACGGGCGCUUCUCUCCUUGUAAUACAAAUAUAUUCACCUAACUUAAAAACUAGAAUACUUAUUUAAACGAAUAUUAUAUUUAUCUUUCCUUAAU